AUGGGGUCCGAGGGAUCCUCGGGUCCGGUUAUCGUUCCCAGAAACUUUAGGCUGCUAGAAGAACUAGAAUGUGGUGAGAAGGGCAUCGGUGAUGGAACUGUGAGCUAUGGGAUGGAUGAUGCUGAUGACAUAUAUAUGCGGUCCUGGACAGGAACUAUCAUUGGUCCUCCCAAUACUGUUCACGAGGGACGAAUUUAUCAAUUAAAGCUGUUUUGUGAUACGGAUUAUCCAGAUAAACCACCGACUGUUCGAUUCCAGACUCGGAUCAAUAUGACAUGUGUGAACCAAGAAACUGGAUUGGUUGAACCAAGUCUAUUUCCUAUGCUUGGAAACUGGCAAAGGGAACACACAAUGGAGGACAUCCUGGUCAGCUUAAAAAGGGAGAUGUCAACUCCUCAGAAUCGCAGGCUGUACCAACCUCAUGAAGGUAAUGAAGAUCAAAGAGUAGAGCAGAAAGGGCUGUCUCUUAGAUGUGUCAUCAUGUAA